UGUAUCAUUUGAUUCGAGCACGGCCUCGAGUCGACUUCAGGCUUUGGGAAGUUUAGUUUAGGGAACUUUGGUCUUCCCAUAGAAUAAAUGGUAAGGGAAGUGGAGGUCGAUUGCGAAGAACAUGGAAAUAAGUCCCGAAGCGAUGGAGGGAGUAAAGUUAUUGGGCGACUCUAGCUCAGUGCCAGAUGCCAUAUUUGGUUCAGUUACUGAAAAUGCGUUUAAAUUUGCCGCUGGUCGUAACUGCGAGAAAAAUACAGAAGUUCCUGGUAUUGACGCUGGUUUCAUGAAGCAAUGCACUUAUGGAAUCUUGACAGCAAUUUAUGAAGGAGCAAAGUCAGCUGGUGAUGUGUCAAUGAUAAGGGCAGCUUUGGAAGAUUACAAAUGGAUCCCAGAGAGGAUUACCUUCUUUUUGCAAAAUCUCAAGGAAUAUAAAGAUGAAAUUCGAAUACAAAUUUCAAGGAUUGGCACCUCGUAUCCACACAUAAUAGAUAUCGAUUGGAGGUUAGACUAUUUCAUUAAGAGCAACCAAAUGGAGAAAAUCAACGAGCCACAGUAUUUAUUAUCGCUGAAGACACAAGACAAUGACGUGACUAGUGUCGAUGUAGUAAACAUUUCAUGUUCAGUGGACGAGCUUCAGGACUUGGUAGGGAAAUUAAAAGAUGCUGCCAAGGUACUGGAAAAAGCAACUCAAGGAUAGGACUGGUUUCAAAUCAGUAAUGUAUGAUUUUUAUCUUUUAAACAAAUGUGAUUUAAGGAGUGGCAUUUUUGAACCAUCUAGAUGGAAAAUUUAAUCAGUGAUGAUGGAUAAAACUUGAAAAUAAAUCAGUGAUGAUGGAUAAAGCAAUGAGAAACGUGACUAGUUACUGCCAUGUACAAAUAUUGGUUUAAAUUACGACCAGGUAGUUUUUCUCAUUAGCUGUAAAUACUAUAGGAUAACUAUUCCUUAACCAAAAUUUGUAGUGAAAUAAUUGACGGCUCCCUAAA